CGCCUCUUAACGGAACCAGAUUUAUUGCGGGGAAUUUAUUUGCGUCGAAUCACGGAGUCAAGAGAACGAUCCGCAGCUCCAACUACAGUUACAACUAUCGUUAAAAUUCUUGCACCGGGAAAUAAAUAUGCAAACUUCCCGAUACGAGUACAGUGUUUCGGGGAGAGAUAACCGGGCACUCUUCUCAUAAGGUGUCAGAGAAACAAACCACAUCUCUGAGAAGAUGGUGAAAAAUAAAAAUAUCGGAGAGCGUUCCAAUCGCUCUUCCACAUGCAAGACAAAAAAAGCUGGCUCCCAGAUUUCAAACGGAAAAGACCCGACGUCUCUGGAUGACCCAGCCGACCGUGACAUCCCUCCCGCUCCUCCAGAGCUCCAGACACCUGGCCAAGGUCAGCUGGGCUUCCCAGACAGAGUGUACCUGCUGGCAUCAGCCAUCUUCCAGAAUAACCACCUGGAGAAGCCUGCUGCCCACCGGUUGGUGAAUUAUAGCAAAGAGAGAGGAAUCACAUUACCUGAAGUCAAAGAUGAGGAGAUGCAACGUACUGCUUAUGAACUAGCCUUCAAUACGCUUAAAUAUCAAGAACUGCUGGAGGACAUCAUGAUUGACAGCUGCUUUUACCUCACUCAGCCAAUGCCAGAUGAUCAGAUGGCUCUUGUUGCCGUCAUGCUGUAUGACUUCCAGGACAGGAAGUUCCUCCCACGGGAGCGCCAGGGGGAGGAGGAGAGCAUACAAGAAGUUAGAGAUGUGGAGAACUACCUCCUAAGGUUUAAAACCAAGCUGGCAGCCUCUCUGGCCCGGUGCAGGAUCAAACACAAUAUCUUGUCCAUUGAGUGUAUCCUGCCAGAGAGUGUGAAGACGAAGCAGAAGAGAUCAAGCAGCCUUCCACUUUACGCAUGGGUCAACACACUGAAGAGCAGUCUUGAUGAGGUCCAAAGUGUUCUGAAGACAGUGGGCUUCUCGCGGGUGAAAUCGAUUGGGCAGCUAGAGGGCCGGACCUUCUGUCAGGAUCCCCACUGUGGGGAUAUACUAGUAUUCCCUGCUCAGCUGAAGGCUCAGCUGUACUCCACCAGGCUGCUUAGUGACCACAAACUCAUAAUCCAGGAUAAGUCUUGCAGCCUCGGCCCAAAUGCGGUGUGCUCCGUGUUACCAGAGGAAGGAGAUGUUCUCAUGGUGGGCUGCUUCUCUGGCCUCACUGUCUCCCACACUGCCUCCCUCGUUGCUGAGAAACAUAAAGCCAACAGCAACAACAAGCCCACAGUUUAUGUCUGUGUCAGUGGUCGAACAGACGCUCAGAGGGAGGAUCUACAGCAGGCCGUCUCCACAAUGGGCUGCCAAAAUGUGAAGCUUAUACCAGUGGUCUUCCAGUCCUUGGACCGUGGUGACAAGCGACUUCAGCAUGUGCGAGUUAUCCUGUUGACUCCCAAGUGUUCCGUGUCUGCAGUCAGCAACCCGGUUGAAUUCAUAUUGCAAGAGAAUGGAGACACAGACCUGCUGCAGGACUUAUCCCAGGACUCCAUAGCCCAGAGGAAACUGGAAGCUUUGGUAGCCCAGCAGAGGAAGGAUAUUGAUCAUGCCUUGAAGUUCCCCAAGGUGCUGGCAGUGGUAUACUCUACCUGUUCUUCAUACCCAGAGGAGAAUGAGGAGGUGGUGAGAAGAGCCCUUGAACAAGCCAAGGCCCGCUCUGAGCAGGAGGGGGAACCAAGACAAGCAAACUUCAGGCUCAGUCCAUCCCUGUUCAGCUCUCCUGAUAAUGCCGAGGGCCCAGAGGAGACAGACCCCUUCCUCAUGCUGGAGCCCUCAGAACAGAGUAAUGGCUGCUUCCUGGCUGUUCUCACCAGAGAGCCCGAGCAAGUAGUCAAAGAGGCACCACAGGAAGUGCUGGCCAGGGCGAAUGCCAAGGGCAUACUGGACAGGAUCGGCUCCAACCAGCCAACCAGAAAAGAGCACCACAGACUUACCAACAGGAUGACAAAAGUAGCCCAUGCUUGCACCUCUCAGCCCCACCUUUCUGUCAGUAUUCAAUCAAAAAACCAAGAGACCAUGGUCAGCAACAGUACUACACUGUGGGGACAUCAGGAAUUUACUAACAGACGGCAGCCAUCACAAGGAAAACCCAAAGCAGUACGCUUGCAAGCCCUAAAGAACACUGUGACCAGCCCCUUCUCUUUCUCGAAACAGGAAAGCUCCUGCUCCUCCUUGUCAAAGCCAGAAAACAGCACACUUACUAAAAGCAUCACCCCUGUAUUCAACACUACUACCACCACCACUCUGCAUCCCGCCCCUCCUCCUGCUACCCCUGUUGUCCGCUCUCGUAGAACUCAACAGGAGGUGCUAAAACCUGUUGUGUUUGUUCUGCCUCCCGUUCACUUCCCCAACUUCUUCCCACCCCAGCACAGCCGACCAGGAUUCAGCCCCAGCUUCAACUACAACAAAUGGAGGACCUCAGCUCAAACCGUACCCCUCUCCCGCUCAGGUGGUGGCCCCUCGAAGGACGCUAUGGUGAAAUCACGGCCUCUGUUUUGAGCUUACAAAAAGCAACACGAAUAUGACAGAAGGAUUAUCUUUUGUGCCAAGUGCUUACUUAAAUAGAGUCAGUAGUAUUUAAAUCUAACACCAAAAUGUACGCAGUAUUAUUUGAAUGCCAAAAUUUCAGAGAGCAUGUAAAUGUUAGUUACCUUGAAUCUAGAGCCCUUAGUUGUCAUUAUUACAAAGCCAUUAUUACAGUGUCUUUGACUUCCUUAAAGAAGAACCUUGCCACAGUCAGAGUCUAAUCAAACUGCAUAUAAGGCUGGGCUAAUGUCAUUUCAAUGUCACAACAUGAUGAAUAGCUAUUAAAUAGAGUUCCA